CCCUGAUAUAUAAAGAAAAGAGGAUGGGACUAAGGGUAAGUCCUUGUGGCAAGCCUUUGUGAGCAGACCUGGAGCCAGUCAGGUUACCAUUGAUCUUGAAGAAGACGUUCCUUUCUGAGAUAAUAUUAUAAAUAAUACGACAAAUGGGUUCGGGUAUACCUAUAGAACAUAAUUUACUAAUUAAGAUGGAGGGAAUGACCUCGUCGAAAGCGCCUAAAAUAUCGAGGAACACUGCAACCGUAUAUUCGCCCUCAGCGAAACCGUUGUACACUUCAGAUGACAAUAGUGCCAGAUUAUCCGUAGUAGAUCUGGCCUUGCGAAAACCGAACUGCGAGGAUGGGAUAAGUGAAUGGUGUUCAGCCCACCAUGAGAGCCUAGCGAGGAUGAGACGUUCAAAAAGUUUCAACAUACAUGAAGCAAGGGCUAUGGGCCGGAAUUUACCGGGAGUUGAUUUUGGAAUGAAAAAAACGAGAAACUGGCUCCAGCUCUCUGGUAGUACGGAGUCUUUGAGAAAAUCAUUGAAAACUGACAGAAGGGCACGACGAACAUUGACAGAGUCUAGCUCUUUUUCAGUGAAUGGAGAUUCGAGGAAGGAAGAUUUCUUAAAAAGAUGCGAAGCUGGGAAACAUUUAUGUAGUGCUGAACUUGGGCAGAAAGACUUUGUUAAAUCAUGCAGUUUAUUUAAGACCUCGGUAUCAGACGAACAAGAGGGAGUUGGGUUGAGUUGCCUGUGUCGAAAUCUCUUGACUUGGUUCCAAAUAAGGGAGAUAGAAGAGGCCACGAAGUUUGCAUGGUUAAAGGAGCGACGAAGUUGCUGGAGAGCUUGCUUCCUUGCACGGACUGCCGCAUCGUAGCUAGCGUUCCACCAAGGGGAAGGGCCUUCUUUCAUCGAGCGGUUUGGUGAAGUUUUUGGAAUAGCGGUGGGGCAAGCUGCUGUUACCGAGUUUGUUA